AUUGGUUCUUCUCCUUUCCUCUUCCCCUUUUCCUUCAAAAUCCAGCAACAUAGACCAGACCCCCAUUUUGCGUGAAGAAAAAAAGCAGAAAAACAAUGAGCGAUCAUAUAGCGAGAGGCGAAGAUUUCGAGAAGAAAGCCGAGAAGAAGCUCAGCGGAUGGGGCCUCUUCGGCUCUAAAUACGAAGAUGCUGCUGAUUUAUUCGAUAAGGCGGCUAAUUCCUUCAAGCUCGCCAAAUCAUGGGAUCAGGCUGGAGCGGUGUAUGUUAAGUUAGCUAACUGUCACUUGAAGUUGGAUAGCAAACAUGAAGCUGCUAAUGCAUUUGCUGAUGCUGCUCAUUGCUACAAAAAGUCUAACAUAAAAGAGUCAAUAUCAUGCCUAGAGCAAUCUGUAAAUUUAUUUCUGGAUAUUGGAAGGCUUAAUAUGUCUGCGAGAUAUUACAAGGAAAUAGCUGAAUUGUACGAGCAAGAACAGAACUUGGAGCAGGCUAUUGUUUACUAUGAGAGAGCAGCUGAUCUCUUUCAAAGUGAAGAAGUAACGACAUCCGCAAAUCAGUGCAAGCAGAAAGUUGCACAAUUUGCUGCUCAAUUGGAACAAUAUCAAAAGGCUAUCGAGAUUUAUGAAGAGAUAGCACGACAGUCUCUCAAUAACAACUUGUUGAAGUAUGGAGUUAAAGGGCACCUUCUUAAUGCUGGUAUUUGCCAGCUCUGCAAGGGCGAUGUUGUUGCAAUAUCCAACGCAUUAGAGAAAUACCAGGAACUGGAUCCUACAUUUUCUGGGACACGCGAGUAUAAAUUACUAAGGGAUUUAGCUGCUGCAGUUGAUGAGGAAGAUAUUGCGAAGUUCACCGAUGCUGUCAAGGAAUUUGAUAGCAUGACCCAGCUGGAUGCUUGGAAGACAACGCUAUUAUUGAGAGUGAAGGAGGCCUUGAAAGCGAAAGAGCUAGAGGAGGAUGAUCUUACUUAAGCCCAAUAUUCUUAAUUUUGCGGCGUUCUUAAUAUAGUUUUUUUCACAACAAUUGUGCCUUGUUAUGCCUUUAUUACUAUGGGUUUCCGUGUGUACUAUAACUAGAUCUUGUACUUGGAGUGAAUAUGAUGAUGGCUUCCGUAACCAUGCUUUUGUAACUAAACUCAUUUACCACCCUCGUGUUUGCUUUGCCCUGUUAUUUCGUAUGCAUUUUAAAGAGAGCAAUAAUGCCAUGAUUCAUUGCAAACUCA